UUUUUUUUCACCUCAGAAACAGGACUUAAAAGAGAUAAAUAGUCUUUUUCUCUUCUUUUUUUUUUCUCCGGUGACCGUCGCCGCACGGUUCACCGUCGACGGGAAAAUUAGGGCUAAUUUUUGGGAAUUUUCAAAAAAUGUUCUAAUUUUCCAAUUGAGAAUUUUGAUGAUAGUGUUCAUGAGUAUCUGUUGGCAUUAUUUGAAUUCGUUUCGAAAAAAAAAAUAACUUUCAAAUUAGGUCAAAAUUUCAGGCCAAUAUAUUGUUGAUGAUUUUGAGGAAUUUUAUUUGUGCUUAAGAUAUGAUAUUAGGUAGAUUAGUGAAAAGAGAUUGGCUGAUUUGGUUUCCAUGUUGUAUGACGAUGGAUGAUAACAAUCAAAUUAGUUCUUUGGAAGAUAGCAUCAUUCAUCAAUACAAAAGCGCCAAUUCUCAAGCACAAUUUGCCAACAUUUCUCUUAAAACUGUUCCAAUGUGGAGUGGGUAGAUUCGACGUGUCAAAAUACUUCAAGAAAAAGGUCCAAAGUUACUCCUCUUCCUUUGAGAUGUGCUCAUCAAAUUCGAGAUGUAACUAUUUGCUAACAACAUGCGUAUGAAUGAUUAAUAGCAGCAGAAGGAGAUACAUAGCUUCAGAAAUAGAAAAGUUUGGAAAAGGGAACAUUUCAGCUCAAGCCUUCACGUUCCGUGAGUUGUGUCUUGCAACUGAAAACUUCGAUUCUGAAUGUUUGCUUGGUUCAGGUGGGUUUGGGAAAGUGUACAAAGGCCACAUUAAAAGCAAGAAUAUGGCUGUUGCUGUGAAACAACUUGACAGGAAUGGUUUCCAAGGAACGAAAGAGUUCCUUGUGGAGGUCCUGCUGUUGAGUCUUCUCCGUCACUCUAACCUUGUCAAUUUGAUAGGAUACUGUUCAGACGGUGAUCAGAGAAUAUUAGUUUACGAGCUCAUGUCAAAUGAUUCUUUAGAAGUUCAUCUUCUUGAACUUGGUCCAGAUCAAAAGCCUCUUGAUUGGUAUACAAGGAUGAAAAUUGCAACCGGAGCAGCAAGAGGACUUGCAUACUUGCAUGAAACGGCUAAUCCUCCCGUGAUUUAUCGGGACUUUAAAUCAUCCAACAUACUUUUAGAUGAGAACUUUGAUCCCAAGCUUUCUGAUUUCGGACUUGCCAAGCUAGGACCAACAGGUGACAGUUCUCAUGUGUCCACCAGGGUCAUGGGAACUUAUGGUUAUUGUGCACCUGACUAUGCUUGCACAGGUAAAUUGACCAUUAAGUCCGAUGUUUAUAGCUUCGGUGUAGUCCUUUUAGAAAUAAUCUCAGGAAGAAGAGUCAUCGACAGCUCCAGACCCAGCGAAGAAAAGAACCUCAUCAAGUGGGCACGACCACUGAUCAGCGAUAAGAAGUUGCACUUAAUAGCAGAUCCAUUGCUACGAGGGAACUACCCGAGGAGGGGAUUGGAUAAAGCUCUAACAGUUGCAACAAUGUGCCUGCAAGAGGACGCCAGUACGCGACCUUUAAUGAGUGAAGUAGUGACUGCUUUAGACUAUAUAUUGAAUAUCAAGAAACACGACGAUGAUCACAAGGAGGAAACUGCAGAUGAUACUUAUAAAUCUCCACCUGCAUUGCAAACUAUUACAAGUCAUGUCGAUCGUAUUGCAAGUAAUAAACCUAAUUGUGUUAGAGAAAGAUACUAAUCCGUUUUCCGGGCACGAAACACUUGUAUUUCUGAGUGUUUUUCUGGGUUUUGUGUAGUGUUUGUCAGUAUGAAUGUCCAUAGAUUUCUUAUAUACAGGUCAUCGAGUUUACAUUGAUAAUGUAAAAAAAUUUUACACAGUCUGUCGGUGUAUAACUUAAAUACUUAGGGAAAUCGGAUCAAGUACACUACGAUCAUCCCCAGACCUCAUUUUUGGGAUUACAUGAGUAUAUUCUUAUUGUAUUUUGAAGAAAAAAAAGUUAGUAUUUGGAUUAGAUCUUGAUAAAGUA